AUGACAAUUUUUCUAUCGUUCCUAAUCCUAAUCUUUGUUCCUAAAUGUCUCUCCUUUACCGUUAUUAUGUCCGACUCGGGGGUCCCGUCUGCCCUCGUGGAUGCCCCUCAAACCGGGUUUUCCGGGAACCAAAACGGGGCUCGAACCGACCGUCACGAGCAACAAGCGGUUUACGACAUCAUGAAAGCCACUGGAAACGAAUGGGCCACUGAGAUUCCGGAUGUGUGUCGAGGUCGGUGGCAUGGGAUCGAGUGUAUGCCGGACAAAAACAAUGUGUUUCAUGUGGUUUCGUUAUCGUUCGGGGCGUUAUCGGACGACACAGCGUUCCCGACUUGUGACCCGACCCGGUCGUCAAUUUCGCCUUCAAUCACGAAAUUACCGCAUCUUCGGACUUUGUUUUUUUACCGGUGUUUUACUGACAUGCCGAUUCCCUCGUUUUUGGGCCAAAUGGGCCCGAAUUUACAGACACUUGUUUUGAGGGAAAACGGACAUGUGGGCCCAAUUCCUAUUGGGCUCGGUAAACUAACUGGUUUAAGAGUACUUGAUCUUCACAAAAACAAUCUCAAUGGUACGAUUCCGGUUUCUUUUAGCCGGUUCACCGAUCUAAGGUUGUUAGAUUUGAGUAGCAACAGAUUAACCGGUUCGAUUCCGAGUCUUGCCUUUCCUCAACUCACUCUACUCGACCUCAACCAAAACCACCUCACCGGUUCCAUUCCGACCUCCAUCGGAAACUGCGAUUCCCUCAUGAAAAUCGAUUUAAGCCGUAACCGCCUUUCCGGCGAAAUCCCCAAUUCCAUCAAUAAAUUGUCGCGUCUAAUCUUGAUGGAUUUAAGCUACAACAGUCUCUCCGGCCCAGUUCCAACAACCUUAAACAACCUCGAUUCCCUCCAAGCUCUCAUUCUCAACGGCAAUCCGUUAAGUUCAACGAUUCCGUCCACCGCAUUCGACGAGUUGAAAAACUUGACGAUCUUAAUCCUAUCCGACACAGAUUUAUACGGGCCAAUACCCGAAUCAAUCGCCCGAUUACCACAUCUACGUGUCCUCCAUCUAGACCGAAACCGUUUAAACGGAUCAAUUCCGACAACUUUUCGCAAUUUAAACGGCCUAAGCGAGCUACGGUUGAACGAUAACCAAUUGAUCGGUCCAAUUCCGUUCGGCAAAGAAAUGGUUUGGAGAAUGAGAAGAAAAUUGAAGCUUGAAAACAACUUCGGACUAUGUUACGAUGGUCGAAACGGGUUUGGUGACGAUUUGGGUUCGUUGUCGGGUUCGGGUAUUGAUCAUUGUGAUACCCCGAAAACGGGCCCGGCUCAAACGGUUCAACACAUUUCCGCAGCAAACGAAACUGAACCUGUUCGGCCUUCUAGAUCUGUAGCAAACAGUGGAGUUAGUUUUAACGGAGGUUUAAUUUUGUUAUUAACGGUAGUUGUGUUUUUAUUAUAA